CCGGCGCCGCGCUGCCGCUGACCUCGCGCGACCGGUGACCUUUCGCGAUAUGCGUCGGCAGUCCGCCUGCUGACCGACUGCACAGCGAGCCCCGGCCCGAGCGCACCGGCCGUGCGCGAUGCCCGCGUCCAUGGAGGACGGACCAGGCGGACGGCCUGGCGCCCACGUUCGCCAAGAAGCCGACCAUCGAGCAGGCGCCCGACGGCAAGCGACUGACGUUCGCGUGCCGCGUGCUGGCCGACCCCCGGCCGACGCUCUCUUGGUUCCGGGAUGGAGUACAGGUGCAGGACUCCGCCCGGCACAAGAUGAAGGUGGAGAAGGAUGGAAAAUCCUAUUCCGCCACGUUGGAAAUUCGUGACGCCACAGUCGAUGAUGCUGGCAAGUACAAGGUCAUCGCCAAAAACGAACUCGGCGAGAGCAAUGCGACAAUUGGCCUUAACUUUAACACCGAGGAGCCGCCAGCGCAGCAAGAGAAUGUGGGGCGGCCCUCCUUCACGGAGAAGCCGGUCAUCCGGCAGGCGGCGGACGGCUCGUCCGUGACGUUCGAGUGUCGGCUGACUGCUGACCCGCAGCCCUCGAUGCAGUGGUAUCACAAAUCCACAUUGAUUAAAGAAAGCAGUAGACACAAAAUGAGCAUCACUACGGAGAGCAAGCUGAAGUACAAGGCAUCGUUGCAAAUCUUCGGCAUCCAGGCGUCCGACGGAGGGGAAUACAAGGCUGUUGCCAAGAAUAAGAACGGAGAGGGCUCGGCGAGCAUCAAUCUCAACAUCGCUGGAGACGAGGAGGAAGCCAAAGAGCCCAGCGGCGGUGCUCCGCGCUUCCCGAAGAAGCCAACUAUCCGGCAGGAGGGCGACGAUCUGGUGAUGGCCUGCGUGAUGGAGGCCAACCCCAUGCCCGUCAUUACGUGGUACCACGGCACCAAGGUUGUCACGGCCUCCUCCCGCCUUCGGAUAGCUAGCAAGGAGACUAGCAAGGAUACGUAUUUGCUCACUUUGACUGUGUCUUCACCGACCCAAGAGGACGGUGGCAAUUAUCGUUGUAACGCCCGCAAUAAGAUUGGGGAGAGCAACGCCAACAUAGCGCUCAACUUCCAAGCUAGCGAGGAGCCUGACAAGGCCCCGGCGGGCAAGGCCCCGUCUUUCACCGACAAACCGAAGAUCACAUCGAACGAAUCGGGUUCGCUCAUCACGAUGAAGUGUCGCGUGCGCUCCUCUUCGAAGCUCGACAUCACCUGGCACAAGGCCACCGAGGUGGUGCGCGCCUCUUCCCGCAUUAGCAUGCGCACGACGCCACUCAAGGACGGCGAGUACGAGGUCGUGCUGGAGCUGAAGGACCCGACGGCGGCCGACGGCGGCAAGUACCGCUGCACGGCCAAGAACGAAUUCGGCGAGAGCCACGCCAACCUAGCGCUCAACAUCGAGCCAGAGCCAGAGCCGCCGGCGCCGCCCGCCAAGCCGCCGGUGUUCGUCGGCCCGCCGGCCAUCCGCUCCGAGCCGCCGCGGGCCGUGGUGAUGGAGGUCCGCGUGCGCUCCGAGCGCACCGUCACCGCCUCCUGGUGGCACGGCCAGCGCGCCGUGCGCCACUCCAACCGCACGCAGAUCACACAGCAGGAGAAGGCCAGCAUCUUCACGCUGAACCUGCGGAUACCGGAGCCGCGGCCGGAGGAUGCCGGGCUGUAUAAGUGCAGCGUCAAGAAUGAGGCCGGCGAGAUAAACGCUAAUCUGACGCUCAACAUUGAAGUGGUGCCGGAGAUAACACCUGUCCCUGCCGACAGUGUGGUGCCGGAGAUGCGUCAGCAGCCACGGGUGAUCGUGAUCCGGGAGCGUCGUGUCGUCAUCAUCGAGUCGCGCAUCACCUGCGUGAACCGGCCGAACGUGCAGUGGCUGCACCAAAUGCGGCAGGUCACCGGCGACUCCCGGCGCUCGGUCAUUGUCGAGCAGGUCUCCCAGGUCUGUCCCGGCGGACGUCUCAGUGGCACGCUCAUGGUCGGCAUGUUCCCGGCGCCACGGGGCGAGUAUGCGGUCAAACUGGAGAUCAACGGUGCCUCGGCGGCUGACCGCGGCGAGUACCAGCUGGUGGCUCGCAACGAGAAGGGCGAGGUCAAGUCGCAGCCGGUCACUGUCUCUGAGGUCUUCGAGGAGGAGAAGCCCAAGCCAAAAGGCGAGCGACCCCAGUUCGCCGCCCAGCUAAAGCCGGUGACGGUCGAGGAGGGCCAGUCGGCGGACUUCGCGUGCAAGCUCGCCAAGCUGGACAUGUCUACGGAGAUCAUCUGGUACAGGAACGGCAUCAUCCUGCGAGAGACGCCAGAUGUGUUCAUGAGCUUCGACGGCCAGAACGUGCGCAUGUCGCUGUCGUCGGUCAAGAAGCAGUCGUCGGGCCUGUAUAAGGUGGUCGCCCGGAGCGAGUUCGGGGCCUCCGAGUCUUCCUGCCAGCUGACCGUCAACGAGAAAAAGCCCGUCGAGAAAUUGGAACUGGAUGAGGAGAAAUUGAAGCCCAAAAAGAAGGCGAAGGAAGAGGCAGAAGAGCUGUGCGCAGAGGCUAACGACACGGCUGGCUGGCGCUCUGUGUCUGUGAUGUGCGAAGACGUGGCGUGGCGCGAGCCGUAA